UAGAUGCAGGGGAGCACAGAAAGGAAUCAAACUGCUAUCUCCCAGUUCCUUCUCUUGGGCCUGCCCAUUUCUCCAGAGCACCAGCACCUGUUCUAUGCCCUGUUCCUGGCCAUGUACCUCACCACCAUCCUGGGGAACCUUAUCAUCAUCAUCCUCAUUCGACUGGAUUCCCAUCUCCACACACCCAUGUAUUCUUUUCUCAGCAACUUGUCCUUCUCUGACCUCUGCUUUUCCUCUGUCACAAUGCCCAAGUUGCUGCAGAACAUGCAGAGCCAGGAUACAUCCAUCCCCUAUGCAGGCUGCCUGACACAAAUGUAUUUUUUCUUAUUUUUUGCAGACCUUGAGAGCUUCCUCCUGGUGGCCAUGGCCUAUGACCGCUAUGUGGCCAUCUACUUUCCCCUUCAUUACACCAGCAUCAUGAGCCCCAAGCUCUGUGUGAGUCUGGUGGUGCUGUCCUGGGUGCUGACCACCUUCCAUGCCAUGCUGCACACCCUGCUCAUGGCCAGAUUGUCAUUCUGUGAGGACAAUGUGAUCCCCCACUUUUUCUGUGACAUGUCUGCUUUGCUGAAGCUGUCCUGCUCUGACACACAUGUUAAUGAGUUGGUGAUAUUUGUCAUGGGAGGCCUCAUCCUUGUCAUUCCAUUUGUGCUUAUUGUUGUGUACUAUGCACGAAUUGUCUCCUCCAUUCUCAAGGUCCCAUCUGCUCGAGGCAUCCGUAAAGCCUUCUCCACCUGUGGCUCCCACCUGUCUGUGGUGUCACUGUUCUAUGGGACAGUCAUUGGUCUGUACUUAUGUCCAUCAGCUAAUAACUCUACUGUGAAAGAGACUGUCAUGGCCAUGAUGUACACAGUGGUGACUCCUAUGCUGAACCCCUUCAUCUACAGCCUGAGGAACAGAGACAUGAAGGGGGCCCUAAUUAGAGUUCUUUGCAAGAAGGAAAUUCUUUUCUGCCUAUGA